AUACACUCAAAAAAUAAACUUGGGCAUGUGUUGGAUUAGCUAAUUAGGAGUUUGCUUAAAUUACAUGAAUGAAUGGGGUUUAUCUUCUUUAAAUGAUUCAUUCUUGUCUGUAAAACGUGAUUAAAAGUAAAUUCAGAUGAAUUAUUAACAUACAGAUCAAUGCAAUGAGAAGUGGAUUAAUCAAAACAACGACCGUCUGUACUACGUCAUUGACCGGCAGCUGAUUGGACGAACGCGUCACGUGGGUCUAGGUACUCUCCUGAAUUUCAAAAGCAUAAUGGCGGCUCGUUCGGAGUGUACAAUCUCGUAUUUUACGAAAAUGGUUCAUCGAAACGUUUUUUUGAAGACAUUUUAAGCGAGAAAUAGGCUAUGCAGUUGCUGAAUCUGUCAUCAUUUCAGAUCCACAAAGGUCAGUUUGAUAGAUUUUCGUCAGAUUUUGAAAGGCGGGAAACGAGACGGCCGCUACUCAUUUGAAUACAGGUAGUUUGAUUCAACUUAUUCACCUAACAUGAGAAUGAGCGGGCGAAUCGAUGCUCCGCUUCUCGUGAAACUACAAGAAUGCAUUGCACAGCUGCUCCCUUGAAGCGUGGACGUGAGGCUGACUUUGAACUAACGUGAUUCAGGAGUCGGAUACAGCAGACACGGAUGACUAUCAAGCUGCAUGUUUCCCAUCCUCCAUCCACGUGUAAAUUAAGUCCAUUUCGAACAAGUUCUGUCCCUAUGCUUUGAGAGGUGUACCUCAUGAAAUACAUGACAGAAAUCAAGAAGAGGAACAAUGAGCAUAUCGUGAAGUUGAAAAUGGAGAAGACUUUCUCAUACAGGAAGCAAGAAAUCCUUAAAGGAGAGCCUUUGAUUGCAGACUUCAAAAGCAGAUGGCCAGCUCUGGUCACUGCGAAAGAGAUCGAUAGGGAGUUCCCUCGCAUAUCAACUUUACCUCUACUUUCUACAUUCUGUGCUGCUUUUGACCAGUACUCUCCAUGUCUGAUGGAGAUAUUUGAAUGCAAAGGUGGAGCAGCUGGAAGAAAAAUCAGAAAUGUCAUGGCGGAGACUUCCAAGGACGACACAAUUCAAACGAGACGAGCAUGUGUCCUCAAGUCCUUGUGCGUCUACUUGAAAGAAGACAACGAGAAACUUGUGAAGGAUUAUAAGAACACAGACCUCGAGGCCAGUGCUUCCAUGGAGCAAACUGUGAUGGGGGUGUAUGUCAUACAGAAGGAGGGUGCGGAGCCUGAAGAUAAGCCAGAGGACAUUGGUGUCCUGAUCGAAGGUGUGGAGGUCCUCCGUGAGUUAGGAAAUAUUAUGGACGCCUGUGCUUUGUUAUUUGGACUAAUGUACUGUCUGAACCUAAGUUACCCAGCAGACCUCAAAUGCACUUUUUAAUCUGCAAAUACCGAUCUCAUACCAGUGUUUUUAAAAAUGUUUACAUUUCAUUGUUUUAACAGCUGUACUGCCUGUAUUGAUGUGACCAGUAUUGCAAUCUUGUAUGGUAAAUUGUUCCCAGUUUAGUAGCAAAAUGCUACAAUUGGCUGCAUGUGUACUUCAGACAAAAUGUUUUAUAAAAAGCACUGUUGCAUAAAUAAAAAUGUAAAAUGGA